AUGGCCGACAUCGACGCCGGCCCCAUCGUCGUAGGUUCUCCGUCGUCGAUCCACUUUGGCGCGCAGUACCCUCUCCCCUUUCGCGUGCUCUUCCUCACCUGCAGCACCGUCCUGGGCUUUGCGACGAACCUCCAUCUCCUCGCCUUUCUCGGCAUCGAUACGGCGCUCGUUUUGGAUGUGAGACUGGACGAUUACACGCGCGUCAACACGUCGCAUCCUCCGAGAGCCGUCAACGCGCCGUUCGCGCAUCCGUCCAAGCUCUACCCUCCGAUAUAUGGCCUCGCAGCUGCAGGGAUGCUGUGGACGUUGCUGGGGUGGAGCGUGUUCUUAAAGCUGUCAGGUGGCGUCGUAGAUCAGAUGGUCAAGUGGAGGGCCGUGCCGGCGAUCACGGCCGUCGUCGUCGGACUCGUGACCGUUUGCCCUUGGAACGUGUUGUACAGGAAAGAGAGGUUCAUGUUUCUUAGGUUAGUCGAUUGCGUUUUAGUCUGACUUGUGCCGUACUUGAGUGGUUUCGUCCCCCAGAGUUUUCUUCGACGCUUGGACGAUCCAGGAGAUCAAGUCUGCUUCCGAGAACUUGUUCGUUGACAGACUUUUUCUUUCACAUACUGCUCAGAUCCCUACGGAGAACCGUUUUAUCCCCCAUCCGCUCGGCCGUACCCUUUUGCGACGUCAUCCUGGCCGAUAUCCUCACCUCGUCGGCCAAAGUGCUCGGCGAUGUCUGGGUUUCGGGCUGCCUGCUCUUCACCCCCGCGACGUCGUUCGAUAUGGAUGGGGUCGCUGAGGAUGCGUGUGCGAGGGUGUUUAUGGUCCCAAUAAUGACAAGGUGAGCACAAGAUGCUUUAUUGGUCAAUCUUGGUGGAGUAUGAAGUGAAAGAUCCCUCUUUUUCGCAGUCUGCCGUAUCUGUUCCGCUUCCGACAGUGCAUCUCCGAGAUCGCAUCCGGCUCGACACCGACACCUCGCAAGUCCAUGCUCAACGCAUUGAAAUACGCGAGUGCAUUCCCCGUCAUCUUCCUGUCGGCGAUGCAGGCUCAUUAUGGCGAUCCGUAUGAGGAGGCUGAUCGGCAGAAGGAUGCGUGGAUCGGGAGAACGACGCUGUUCAAUCUGUGGUGAGUGGAGGAGAUUCUCCGGCGGAGGAGCCGUGUGCUGAUGUUUGAUGGUGUUUUGUUUACUCUUGCAGGAUUCUGGCUGUCGCUGUCAACUCGCUUUACUCGUUUUGGUGGGACGUGACCAACGAUUGGGGGCUUUCCUUGCUCACGCGACAGGGCUGGUCUGCUUCACCGACGGCAUCCUACUCGUUCCUUCCAUCACCAGCACCAUCGAGAAUGCAUCAAACGACGACCUCGAGAUCCGCUGCUGCGAUGGCUCAUGCCGCACAUGCUCGAACACGGUCGGCACAUACAUCUCUGCACGUACCAGGAUCCGCACCUCCUGCAAACUCGACGCUCGUCAAAGCGAUCACGCUCGACGCGCAGUUCCCCCCUCCACCUUCACGCCCCCUCUCACCGACGACGGACGCGUCGACCCCAUCCCGUUCCGCGCACCGGACGCAUCACCACCACCAUUCCAGCGCGUAUUCGACCGCGGCUACACCGAACGUCACGUUCCCCUUCCUGCGACCUGUGCUGCUCCUCCCCGAUCCUUCGAUCUACUACCUCGCGAUCCUGAUCGACCUCGUUCUGCGAUUCACGUGGUCGCUCAAGAUGUCGUCGCAUCUGCACUCGAUCCACGAGAUCGAAUCGGGCAUCUUCCUGAUGGAAGCGUUGGAGGUCUUCCGACGGUGGAUGUGGGUCUAUUUCAGGUUGGAAUGGGAGGCCGUGAGGAAAGGUGGUGGAGGGGUAGGGACGAACCCUGCUUCUGCUUCUGCUUCUGCGAUGGAUAAGCAAGAUGGGGAAUCGUCGACGUUUCGACCGAGGUUGGGCGCGAAUGGGUUGACCUCGACCGGGUCGAGCGAGGAGGAGAUCGAAUUGGUCCGCAGGGCUCAGAGGAGGGACGAGGGCGGGUACAGAGAUGAAUCCCUUCCUUUGGAGGAGGAGUUGAUUGGAACGGUAUCGAGCGAGGACGUUGACGAGACGGGCUUGGGGAUCGUUGUUCCGAAUACGGGGUUGACCAAAUGA